UUUCUUGUCCUAUUUAGGCCACGACAAUACACUUGAAAGAGGAAAUAAUUAUGGAGAUCCUCAGCAGGUUACCCGUCCAGUCUCUACUUCGAUUCAAAUGUGUUUCCAAAUUUUGGGAGGCAUUAAUCUCUGAUCCUUAUUUUAAGAUGAAGCACUUCAAUUGUACCAAGAAUGGCCAAAAUUCCCAAAAGCUUCUUAUUAGCCAAAGGUCCUUUCAGGAUGGACUAUAUUCCUUUUAUUGUUGUCCUUUGUCGUCUCCUCAACUGGUUCAGGAUGUGCAAAAACUCGAUAGCCCUUUAAGCCCUAGACCAACCGUAUUCAAAAUCCGUUGCUGUUACGAUGGAUUUGUUGUUGUCGAGGUUCUGGAUGAUUUGAAUGGUUACCGCCCCACUCUUUUGUUGUGGAACCCCUCCACAAGAGAAUCAAUACUACUUCCUGUUCAAGAAUUUGAGCCGAAUGGUGGUUCUUGUUUUGGAAUGGGUUAUGACUCAACCAGUGGUGAGUAUAAGAUCCUUCAUGUGUACCAGGAGAUAGAUAGGUUUAUCUCCCUACCUACUGAAAUUCUCGCGUUGAAAGGUGGCUCCUGGAGAAGAAUUGAUAAACAUCCUCGUGGCUUUUCCAAUGUGUUGCUUGCUAUGAAUUUUUUGGCAUUUGUACAUGCGGCAUUUCACUGGGUCGGUUGUUCAAGAGAAAGCUAUUUUGUGGUUUCAUUUAAUAUUUCAAAUGAAGUGUACGGAGAGAUACCCUUCCCGGAGGAAAUGUUAAGCUUGAGGGGCCGCACCAAGUUUGGCGUUUCAGUGUUGGAAGGAAUGCUUUGUAUUCAUGCUAAUACUUAUUAUUUGGAGAGGAAGACUUUUAAGUUAUGGGCAUUGAAAGAGUAUGCUGUCAAGGAAUCUUGGAUUCCAUUGUUUGCUAUAGAAGAUCCUUCGUUUCUUAAUGUCGUACCGAAAUAUAGGUUUGCAAAUGGUGAAGUGCUAUUCCUUUGCAUGAUUGUUGAAAGGCCUUGGUGGGCCUUUAGGACACCCAACGGACCAUUUGUAUCAUGGCCUCAAUCUCGCCCUCAAAGUUGGAUCGUUUACGUAAAGCUUGAUCUCUCCGAAAUCACUUACUUAUUAGUUUCUUAUGUAUGA